AUGUUAACACCACACCACCACACCAUAUCAUACCACAACACACCACACCACACUACACCACACGGCACCACCACACAUCACACAACCACCAAAUACCACACACCACACCACACCACACAUUACAACACCACAUCACCAAAACCACCACCACCACCACCACACAACAUACCAUACCACACCACACCACACCUCAGCACACCACACCACCACACCACGCAUAUCAUACCAUACCACAUAGCACAACACCACACCACACCACACCACCACACCACGAUAUCCUUGUCGCCCACCGCAGCAGUGUUCAACAAUGAUGGAGUCAUCCACGUACUUCCACUUGUGACCUGUGUUCCUAAGAGUGUCAUGAAUCAGUAUGAGGAAACAGAGAGGGCCCACUUUGAUAGCCUGGGGAACACCACGUGUCAGGACAAGCAGGGUGAUAAGGCAGAGCGAUAG